AUGAAGUCACAACAAACAUAUACUACAACUAAAAGUGAAACUUCACGUUAUUCUGAUAAAGAACUUUUAGAAUAUGAAAUAGAUAAUAUUUCAAAUGAUAUGAAUCCUCUUCCAAAUGCAGUACUUUCGGAUUUUUUAAAAAAAUAUAAUCAGGAAAGAAUUCAUCAUUUAAAGAAAAAAAAUGAUGAUGAGAUGGAAACAAGUUCUGACAGUGAUGAAGAUUUGUAUAUGCACAAAGUGUUAGCACCAUUGAGAAAGUCAAAAACAACUCCAGGAUUGUAUAAUUCUUCGCAAAUUAGAGAAUAUAAUACCAAAGAAAAAAAGAGUUCUCUACUUCCAUUAUUAAAAUCUCAAACAGCAUUUAAUUUUAUGGAGAUUCAACGAAGUAAAAUUAUAAAAAAUGACAAAACAAAUAAUGAAUGUAGUGAUUCUAAGGAUAAAAUUUGUUUAAUUGAAAAUUGUGUCAUUAACAAUUAUGAAGAAAAUACAAGACCAAUUUUAAAAAAUUAUUGUUGUGAUAAUAUAUAUAAGUCUAAUUGUGAAAUUUCCUUUUCAAAAAAUAUUAAUGAUAAGAUAGAAAUAUUACAAGAAGAUAAAUAUAUUGAAAGGAAAGAAGAGGUGUGUGAAGGGGAAAAAAGUGAUAAAAUUAUCGAAAAUAAAAAAUAUAUUAAAGAUUUUAACAAAGUUGAUGAAAUAAAAGAUAAUAAAAAUAUUUACAUGAAUAGAUGUUGUUUAGAGUCAAACUCAACAAUUAACAAUUUAAAUUUAUAUAAAGUUUGGUCGGUUCCAUCAAACAUUGAUUAUUUUGGAGAAGGAUAUGAUUAUCAAAAUACUCCUACUCUUACUUCCUAUGGAUGGUCAGCACCUGAAUUAGAUGAUAAAUAUAUUUAUCAUACAACUAAUACAUCUAUCUAUUCAUCAAUGUCAAGUAAAUAUAAAAAAGAAAAUAAUAUAAGAAGACAAUCAAUAAUAAAAAAUGCAUUAAAUAUUAUUGGUAAUUCUCUUUACAGUUACAAAGAUUUUGAUGAUGAUGAAGAUGAUGAUUUACAAUUAACAAAAUUUGGAGAUACAAAAUAUUUUGAAAAUAUGGAAAGAAACAUAUCAUUUAUUAAAAAUAAAAUUUCAAAGUCAAUGUCUGAUAGUAAUUUAUUAAAUUUAUAUGAAGAUAAUUUUGACACAACAAUAAUAGAAAAAAAUACUAAACCAGAUAUGACAUAUGAAAAAUUAAAUGAAAAUAAUUUGAUAACUAAGGAUAAAUUAAAUAAAUGUCAUCUUCCCAUAUCUAUUUCAAUGAUUGAAAAUUUUGAAUUAAAAAAGAAUAUUAUUGAUAGAAUUGAGGAAAAUAUGUCUUCUAACCAUGAUAACUAUAAAAAAUUUAAAUAUUUUAGUGAAGAUAAUAAUUCCAUUGAGAAUUUAAAUAUUUCAAGUGAAAAAAAUACAAGAAUAAAUAAUAAAAAUAUUUAUGAAGAAAAUAAUAAAAUAAAAAAUGAAAUGUUAUGGUUAAGAGAAACACAGGUAAAUAAUGAAAAUGAAGUUAAAGCAAAUAAUAAUUAUGACAAUUUCAAAAACGAUAAUUUUAUUGAGUCAUAUAAAAAUGUACCAUCAAAUAGAAUGCAAACAAAAGAAAAUUAUUAUGAUUCAAUAAAUGAGGAAUCAGAAUAUUAUGAUAUUACAAAUGAUGAAUUACAAAAUCAUUUAAUGGCUUCAUGUGAUACUGAAAAUAAAUCACAUAUUGUGGAAGAAAGUGUUAGUUCUUCUUAUCAUAAUCAAUCACCUUCAACUAAUUCUUCAUCAACAUUAUCAAAAAAUGAAAAUGUAUUUGUUAACUAUAAUUCUCAAAAUAGUAAUUCUUUAAAUAAUUUUAUCACAAGUAAAAAUCAAAAUUGUGAUAAAUAUAUUGUUCCCAAUUCAUUGUCAUUUUAUAGUAAAAGCAAUAUUUCAUCAAAUUGCAUAGUAAAUGGAUCAUCAUUAACACCUAUUAAUUCAAUUUCAUCUAUUAGUAGUGGAAGAAAGCGUAUUUUACCAAAACGUCCAGAUUUUAUAGAAUGUAUACCAACUACUCCAAAUAGAAGUGAUAAUCAUGCUGCAACAGCUUCCUGUGCAAUGAGUAAUUAUAGAAUUGAAGAUGAUCUCGUAUAUAAAAGGAAUAGAAAUAUGUUGGAUUUUGUACAAUACAAUUCUGGACCUAAUGUCAAUCAUCAAGAUGGUGGAAAUAACUACUACAGUACUCAAAUAAAUAAUAAUAGAUUUAGUAAUUCAAUGUCACAACAAUAUUUAAGUUCAAAUAUGGUACAAAAUAUUCCUGGUUUAUCUCAGGUAUUGCAGACAAAUAAUAAUACAGGAUCUAAUAGAAGUCAUCGUAAACUUCCACCAUUGCCAAUAAAAGCUGAAAUUGCUGCAUUAAUUGAAGGAAUAGCAAAACCUCUUCCACCAUCAAUAUCUUCUUUAAUGAAUCCCUCAAAUCAUAUACCACAACAAGGACAUUCAUCAAUAAAUUCAACUAAUAAACCCGUUAGUUUAGAUUAUGAUGUUCAUAUAGAACCUCAAAUGCAACAUAGUCCUUGUUAUCCAUAUAUUAAAGCAAAUACAUUAAAUGGUAGAAAUUCUGGUGAUCAUCAGUUAUGUUAUGGUAUAGAAUCAACUAUUAUUCGAUCAACUUGUACUAUUGAAGAUAGUUAUUAUGAAGAUGGUUUAAAUGGAAAUGCUCAAGGCAGUGUAAAACAAGUUAUACAUACAAAUAAUGAUGAUAGUUCUGGUGUUUCAAGUUGUUGUACAAAUAUUGAUAAUUUAAAUCCAACUCAUCGUGUUCAGAAUAUAUUUAUUCCAAGACAUGAUGAUGAAAUAUUACUUGAAAUUGGUGAUGCAAUACAUGUUGAAAGAGAAUAUGAUGAUCAUUGGUGUUUUGGUACAAAUCUUCGUACUGGAAAACAUGGUAUAUUUCCAUCAGCACAUAUAUGUGAAAUUGAUUUAGUUGAAGAAAUUUGUAUGGGUGCUUUAAAUUGUAAUCCAGCAAAACAAUUACAAGAAGAUAGAGAUACAUUUUAUUUAACAAUGUUAGCAUCAAUUGAAGUUGCUCAUCAUAAAGGAAAUGAUGUUCUUGUUCAAGCAAUAAACAAAGUAAUGUCAUGUUAUCAAAACAAGGAAGAAAUUUUAGUACCACAAACUGUUUUGAUGGAAGUAUCAUUAAGAGGAAUUCAUGUUAUUGAUAAAAAAAAGAAAAAUUUCUUUCGUUGUCCAACAUUUGAUUUCUUUUUCUCUCUUCAAAAUAUCUCAUUUUGUGGGGCACACCCAAAACAUUUAAAAUAUUUUGGUUUUAUUACCAAACAUCCAUUAUUACCAAGAUUUGCUUGUCAUGUAUUUUUAUCAAAUCAAUCAACACAACCAAUUGUGGAAGCAAUUGGUAGAGCUUUUAAAAGAAGUUAUGAUGAAUAUAUGGCAUUUGCUCAUCCAACAGAAGAUAUCUAUAUUGAGUAA